CGCCUGGCUGGCUGCCUGGACCCCUUGGGAGGAAAAGUGCAUGAAAAUCACCCCAGGGCGUUGCAAGAACUGGGAAAUGCGCUGCUGCUGUUGUGGCUCUUGCAGCUGCUGUGGCUGUUGCAGCUGCUGCUGACGACGCGCGGAUUGCAAGCUCGGUCCGCCGCUCCCCUUUGUGCUCCGGGUACCUCUACAUGUGUCUGUCGGGCGCAUCAUCGGGAGGCGCGCACGACCGCAUCCAACACGGCUGCCGGGGAGCGAGCGCCCGCCAUGCCCACCGAGACCCUCCAGACAGGUAGCAUGGUGAAGCCCGUGAGCCCCGCGGGUACCUUCACCUCGGCGGUGCCCCUGCGCAUCCUCAACAAGGGCCCCGAUUAUUUUCGGCGCCAGGCGGCCGAGCCCAACCCCAAGAGGCUGAGCGCCGUGGAGAGGUUAGAGGCGGACAAGGCCAAAUACGUGAAGAGCCAGGAGGUCAUCAACGCCAAGCAGGAGCCCGUCAAACCCGCCUCCACCGUGCUGGCCAAGCCCCCCGUGGGCCCCGCGGCCUCCAAGCGCGCCCUGGGCAGCCCCACGCUGCGCGUGUUCGGUCCCCACGCCAAGACCGACAGCGGGGUGGUGCAGCGGGAGACCCUCAAGUUGGAGAUCCUCAAGAACAUCCUCAACAGCUCCGAGGGGUCCAGCUCGGGCUCUGGACACAACAAGCACAGCGGGGCCCGCAACUGGGCCCCACACCCUGGCCCCGACCCGCACCGACACUCCUUCGCCGAGUCCCUCAAAGUGUACCCAACCACGCAGGACAGCGGGUCGCGCGUGGACGUGGGCAGCAGGAGGAGGCUGCUGGAACCCUCGGCCGACUCUUUCCUCCACGUGUCGCACAGCUCCUCGGACAUCCGCAAAGUGACCAGCAGCGUCAAGGCCCUCAAAGCCCUCCCUUGCAGUAGCUCGGCGCCCCCUUUGCCCCCCAAACCCCAGGGGAUCCCCCUGGCUACCACACUCCAAUCCCCAGAGGCCGACCCUCCAGUGGUGGAAGCCCCUUGCAGCGGUGGGGUCAGUCGCAGGCCUUCCCUGCAGAGGUCCAAAUCCGACUUGAGCGAUCGUUAUUUCCGAGUGGAUGCCGACGUGGAGAGGUUUUUCAACUACUGCGGCCUGGACCCCGAAGAGCUGGACAACCUGGGCAUGGAGAACUUCGCCAGGGCCAACUCCGACAUCAUCUCGCUCAACUUUCGCAGCGCCAGCAUGAUCAGCUCCGACUGUGAACAGUCUCAGGACAGUAACAGUGACCUUAGGAAUGAGGACAGUGCCAACGACCGGGUGCCCUACGGCAUCUCGGCCAUCGAAAGGAAUGCCAGGAUCAUUAAGUGGUUAUAUAGCAUCAAGCAAGCGAGGGAGUCCCAGAAGGUGUCCCAUGUGUAAGGGACGAGUUGACAGCACGUAGACGAGGGGGUUCUGUGGGCACCCACCUUCGUGAUGAAAGGUUGCGAGGUCUCCCUGAUGUGUCGUGAGCUUCUCCACUCUCUUUGUGUUGCUUGUUGUGCAAUGUUUUCAAGUUGCAUGCCUGUCAACAUGGGGACCCGACCUGGCUUCCACUCGGACUGACCAUCUCUGCAGAGCCUGGCUUCACACACACACACACACACACACACACAUCUAUCUAUCUGCCUACAGUUUCAGGCCGGAAUCUAAUUAGGGCUUUGAUCUUCAAGCAAAAACUGUUUACACAUACAUACACAUAUGGUAUACGACUCUUCAAUAUUUAUGUGGUUCUUGUGUUUUAUAUCCCACGCUAUUGUGUCUUAAUUAAAAAAAUGUUUUAUCAACUGGCUUUUAAGUUGAAAGCAGAAUCUUUAAAAAAAAAUAAUAAUAAAUAACAAGCCAAUUUGCCUACAUGUGAGACCAAAACGAUUCGAGGGGGGGAAUAUAUGGGCUCUGCUACCUAACAAAAUGUUAAUGAUGGAACUGACCUGACCUGACCUGACACAGAAACAUUGGGGCUUUCUAAGGAAGAUAGUGGUGAGCUGGCCAAUAAGCAUUUACAUAGUGAAAUUCUUUGCCACUUAUUAAAAUAACGGUUGGGUCAGCAAUGCUAUGCUCUGUGUCCUACUCAGUGUGUAAAUGUUGGUGUCUUGUGUAAUAUUGAUCCAGAGGAAAGACAAUCAGAUACAAUGAAGUUGAUUCAAUCUAGGAAGUUGGGUGCUUGGGGGUUCUGUUGAUGUUCUGAUUUGGAUUGAUAAAGGAAUUUCUACUAUUAAUCUUUGGAAGGAAUGCCCACCCCAAAACUUAUACUGAAUGUCUUUUUUAAAGUUGUUUGUUUGUUUGUUUUGGUCAAGUAUUCCAUGCUAAUUCUCCUCCAUUCUCCACCCCCUUUCCCUUUGUUGUGGCUUUUAUUUGGGAGAGGGGAGUGGGGCUUGUGCAGGUUUGAGUUCUGAAGACAUGAACACAAAUGGAAAUACCAGCCAUAUCAGUGUAGCGCCUCCAUUCAGAAGUGAAUGCCUUUGGUAACCCAACCCUAACUGAGCAGUGCAAUUGUGUUGUCUUGCCUAUGUUAUUCUCUCAGGCUGUGGACCUUUGUUACAGCUCUAGGAAACUGUAGAAACACGUAGCUUUUCUACCCCUGGUCUAGUGCUGCAUAUCAACUUGUGUGUCCCCCCCAACCCUUUGCCCCUUAACUUGUCUUCCAGGUGGUUUUUGUUAGCUGUCCAACAGCUGACUCUUGUGGUGUGGUAGCAGAGAGGUGAACGUGCUGUGGUCUGCUCCAUUGCUCCUGUAGUCUUGUUCUCAAGUUCUCAGCAGCACUACCUUAGAUUUCAUCAGCUAAUAGGAAACUUUUUAUGGUGUAAAUGCUGUAAGACUUUGUACAUACUUCAGUUGUUAUGAAAUCUUUAAGGAAAAAGAAAAGAAAAAGUUAUGCUAAUAAAUAGCUCUGGUGCAGGCA